AUGGCUGAUGUAGCCAAAGGUGGGAGUGGUCCCGAAACGAACCCUCGCGGUAUACCCGUUGCGCCCUUCAUAGACCGGGUUGAGGACUAUGUCACCGACCGCGCAGAUGUGGAGAAGACUAUCAACAACUUCAAAGAGAUGAUCUCAAAGUACCAAUUCAUGCAGCAAAACACCCAACGGCGAGCCGCAGGUCUCAAGGACAAGAUCCCCGACAUCCAAAAGACACUCGAGACAGUGCGCUUCCUGAAGUCGCGGAAAGACGACGCAAAGCCUCUCGAGACCACCUUCGAACUCAACGACACACUCUACGCCAAAGCUGAAGUUCCCCCUACCGACGAAGUCUACCUGUGGCUCGGCGCCAACGUUAUGCUCUCAUACUCCAUACCCGAAGCCGAAGAGCUGUUGCAAUCGAAACUGUCGACCGCGAAACAGAGUCUGGGCACUUGUGAGGAGGACUUGGACUUUCUACGUGAACAGAUCACAACACUCGAGGUCGCCUUCGCGCGGGUUUACAAUUGGGAUGUUGCACAACGGAGGAAAGAGAGGGAGGGAGGCGAGUCGACAGAAGAGAAGAAGGGUGCAUCGUCGAAAGAGUGA